AGGCCCAACAGCCCAGACCAGAGAAGCAGUCGCAGUCGCACCACCGAUCCACGAUCCACUGAUCCACCGAUCCACGCAAUUGUUGCUGUUUCUAUAAGCCAAAAGAGAUACUUUUUUUUGGGCUGUUUACUUUUUGGCAGCCGUACGAAAAAGGCCAAAACGCCGCACCCACACCCACACACGCCCAGUCCCGCUCACACACACACACCACACACACUCGAAACAGAGACAACAUGAGGCAGCCAAGUAGACAGCAGAUCCUGGCGCUCGUCCUCUGCAGCGCCGUCUGCCUCAUCAGCGCCGUACCGCUUCCGCAGCCCGCCGGCAACCAGGAGCUGGACGUCCUGCAGAUUCCGCUGGCAAAUGGCAAGGAAAUCGAUGUCUUGACAUUGGGUGCCAAAGACCAAGAAACAUUGAUAGCCGAUCGCAAUAAGCGAACAAUUGGACUGUUGCGCGAGCUCUUCCCCGACAUCACCAAGGAAAUCGACUCGAUAGUCAAUCGCAUUAUAGCCCAGGUGAUUCGGGUGGCCGGUCCUGGUGUUCUGAAUAGUAUUUUGGCCGGAAAUCGCGGUGGUGCGGGUGGUGCAGUCGGUGGCAGUACGACGCCGGCCUCCGAUUUCGAUGCCGAUUUCGAUGCGGACUUCGAUGACGAUGACGAUGUGGCGCCAUCGAGCAGUCCGGCAACGAGGAGUGCCGAGAGUGCACCACCAGCACCAUCGAGUAGUAGUGCCAACGAGGUGGAAGAAAGCCGGCGGGUGAAGAUCGAUCUGCCCACAUUUGCACCACAAACUGGAGGAACAGCAGCAGCAGAGGCAGCAGCAGCAGCAUCGAAAGGUGAAGAAAGCCCAAACAAUAAAGCAUCUUCAUCCCCAACCACCACCACCACCACCACAACCACCACCUCGACCAGUAAUCCAACAACAACAACAAGAACAACCACCUUAAGUACAACUAGCACCACUAGCACGCCAGUGGAGGACCUGGUGCAGUUGUUGCCGCGAUCUUUUGUGCCAGCGACAACCGCAACAACAACUUUGCCAGCGACAACUAGAGCAACAACAACCACUACUACUACUAGCACCUCUUCCAGCACCACUGAUUUAACUGAUUUAACCCCACCAACAGAACCUACCACCACCAACAUCCUGUUCCCCACCAACAAUAGCAUCGAUGAACCACAAUUGCUAACCAUCAUAGCCGAUAUCAAUCGUUUAUUAAAUUCUACCAAUUAUUUUAUUACAACCAGAGAUAAUCUAACAUCAACAACAACAACCACAACAACAAAGGCCACAACAAUUGACAACAACAACAUUACGAAAUUAUUGCCCGUCUUUGAUUGAGCACUGAAAAUACAACAAACAAACAAAAAAAAAACAAAUAUUAAAGGCAAAUAAGGAUUUGAAAGCAACAACAACCACAACAACAACAUCAAGAACAACAACAGCCACCAGAACAACAACAUGAAGAUGAAGAUGGAGAAGAAGAGAGCAUCAGCAACAUCAUUUAGAAAAUGCAUUUUCGAUUUCGUUUAGAAGCCUUCGCUCAUCGUUUAACCAUUGGAGAUAAAAACUCCGAACCAAAACAUUUCAAAAGUGGUUCGAAAAGUUGUUUAGAAAAUGAUCUUUACAAAAUUUAAAUCUUACAUUUCUUAAGACGGUUUUAAACUGGAUGCUUCUUUCGUAUUGAAAAUGGUCGUUAAAAAUCCGGUGCUUGUUUAGACAUUCUUACACUCCUUGUACUGAACCACUUUCGAACCACUUUGAACCCCCUCGAAACCACCAACCUCACUGUACCAUUGUAUUUGCUGUAGAACUCACCCUUUGAACCGCUCCGCACUUGUAUAAAAACCCCAUUGUAUAUUCUUGAUAUCAAGCUCCUCCAAUUCCCUUGACCAAGUCCCCGAAAAACACCACACGCAUUGUAUGUAACCGAAAUUGAAACACUGCAGUUAACUAAUCUACCUUCCCUCCUCGACUCCCCUCCAAAAACCUAUUGCACCUGCACCACCGAAUCCAAAUUUCGUACUCGUACCACACACUUCGAUUCGCGGU